CCAUGAUUGUUCGAAAAUCUUUGGACUUUGGUGAAUCUCGUCUAAAGCCAAUUACCCAUCGUGGCCGGGAACGACUGAUACCACGGAAGUGAUUCGCGUGUUGUGCGUGAUAUCAGCGUGACUAGCAGGUCGUUGCCGAAAACACACGAGAGAAUUUCUAAACCUGUGACGUUAAAUUCCUUAUUACUGUAUGCGGAUGAAAAAUUGGUUACAUCCGAAUUUAUAAAUACAUCUUUCGUUGACUUUUCCGUCACCACUUUCCGGUUUGGUAAACGUUCGGUAUAACCGGCAUUCUUUUGUUCGCUAUUGUAUGUAUAAUGUUUGUUUUCUCGCAUCCUUACAUCAGGCAAAAAGCAUAUUCUUAUUUUUGGUCAACCCACAGUCUGUACAUUAUUUUCUUCGUCCUAUGUUUAAUUCACGGAUUGGCGAGGAUCACUGGCUCGCCACGUUUUUGGAUGUUUGUAAUUGGACCGGCGAUAAUCUUCACUAUUGAUAAAAUCGUAAGUUUGUAUACAAAAUACAUGGAAUUGGACAUCUUAGAGACAGAACUGCUGCCUUCAGAUGUAACCAGAUUAAAGUUCGCAAGACCACCCAACUUUCGUUAUUUAUCGGGUCAGUGGGUGAGGCUUUGCUGUACUUCUUUCAGUCCGAAUGAAUAUCAUUCCUUAACUUUGACUUCUGCUCCACACGAAAAUUAUUUGUCCGUCCACGUAAAAGCUCAAGGACCUUGGACUUGGAAGCUUAGGAAUUAUCUAGAUCCCAGCAAUUUAAGCGAUGCGCCUCUUCCAAAGCUACGUUUGGAAGGUCCUUACGGAGGAGGCAACCAAGACUGGUACAAAUUCGAAGUUGCGAUAAUGAUCGGUGGAGGAAUUGGAGUGACUCCAUACGCUUCCAUAUUAAACGAUUUAGUUUUCGGUACCUCGACUAAUAAAUAUUCAGGCGUGGCUUGUAAAAAGAUCGGAUGGCAAAUGGAAAUAACAUAA